UCAGAAUGGUGAAGAAUUUAAAAGGCAGCCCAAUAACUCUGUCCAUAGGUGAUGGUGCCAAUGAUGUUAGUAUGAUCUUGGAAUCCCAUGUGGGAAUAGGUAUUAAAGGCAAAGAAGGUCGCCAAGCAGCCAGGAAUAGUGAUUAUUCUGUUCCAAAGUUUAAACAUUUGAAGAAACUGCUAUUGGCUCAUGGACAUCUAUAUUAUGUAAGAAUAGCACACCUUGUACAGUACUUCUUCUAUAAGAAUCUUUGUUUUAUUUUGCCACAGUUUUUGUACCAGUUCUUCUGUGGAUUCUCACAACAGCCACUGUAUGAUGCUGCUUACCUUACAAUGUACAAUAUCUGCUUCACGUCCUUGCCCAUCCUGGCCUACAGUCUGCUGGAACAGCACAUCAACAUUGACACUCUGUCUUCAGAUCCCCGAUUGUAUAUGAAAAUUUCUGGCAAUGCCAUGCUACAGUUGGCCCCCUUCUUAUACUGGACAUUUCUGGCUGCCUUUGAAGGAGUAGUAUUCUUCUUUGGGACUUAUUUUCUUUUUCAGACUGCAUCCCUUGAAGAAAAUGGAAAGGUGUAUGGAAACUGGACAUUUGGAACCAUUGUUUUUACAGUCUUAAUAUUCACUGUAACUCUGAAGCUCGCCUUGGAUACUCGAUUCUGGACAUGGAUAAAUCACUUUGUGAUUUGGGGUUCUUUAGCCUUUUAUGUAUUUUUCUCAUUCUUCUGGGGAGGAAUUAUUUGGCCUUUUCUCAAGCAACAGAGAAUGUAUUUCGUAUUUGCUCAAAUGCUGUCUUCUGUAUCCACAUGGUUGGCCAUAAUUCUUCUAAUAUUUAUCAGCCUUUUCCCUGAAAUUCUCCUGAUAGUAUUAAAGAAUGUAAGAAGAAGAAGUGCCAGGAAUCCGAAUCUCGAACUGCCUAUGUUAUUGUCCUACAAGCAUAUUGACAGUGGUUACAUCUAAAAAAGAAAAGCAUGAAGAAACAAGUACAAAAAGUUAUCAUCUCAGGAUACUUGAUAUGCAACAAACUAAACCACUCUCUUAUGUCUAGGGUUCAGAAUAAAUGUUCAUUAAAAUACCAAAAGAUUCUUUUAGGCAUUUACAAUUAUUGUGAGUAGGCUUUAUGGCCAAAGCUGUAAGUUAAGAAUUACAUGACAGUUGAAAGCAAGAAUACUUAGAAUUCUGGCUUCAGAUAGAAUAAUUUAACCACCAAAUGGGUGCUCUCUUAACCCAUGAACUAUGUGAAUGGAUUUAAAUACAAUAGUAUGAAGUAGAAGUUAUGCAAUGAAAAUGAAUAGAUUUUGCUAAUAUUACUUUUUUUUGCCUGGCAGAAGAAAUAGGCUGUUUGGAUCACAUUUCUCAUUCUUGCUGAAUGAUCUUAAAUUAUUUUUUUCAAACAUAAGUAAGGAAUACUUGAAAAUACAGAAGGACUGAAUGGUAUCAUUGCAUCAGACAGAAUAGUUAAUCCUUUCUGUUCACCUACAUACUACUUGUGUCUUGGUAACUAUCCAUGCCAAAAAAUACAUUUAACACUUCUGGAGAAAGUGUUAACUCUGGGUAUUUUUGUGAGAGCAAAGAAAAAAAAUAUUUAUUUUGGUUUUGUUCUUCUGGAUUAAGCCCCACUUAUGGGUGUAAGGCUACUAGACUUGAAAAUAAAGUAUAAGCCGGGCUCGGUUGCUCAGCCUGUAAUCCCA